GGGAAAGGAAGGAGGGAGGGGGCAAACGGGCUAUGACUAGGGCGAAAGUAGAUACUUUUUACGGCCACAGCGUUAGUAAAUAAAAACACGUAGCCGAAACGUUCGACCGAGCGAAGCAUAUCUAAUUUCAUUUGGUCAAGAUAUGAACGAACAAUUUUCCUUGAACGCUUGGGCCGACGACGCAGGACGACGCGGGCGCUAGAUUGACAAGAUUGGCCAGAAUGGCCGGAAUAGCUGGUUUGCAUGAUGAGGAUGACGAAGCGGUUAACAGUGUGCCGACGAGGUCCUCGAGGUCCACGGGGAGCUGUGAUGCCGGCCUCGCCCUGAGGCUGGCCCUCACGCCGCGCUGUUGAUUCGGCGUCCUGCACCAGGGACACCACGGACCACAGGGCCAUGACUGAUGGAGGGGGUGGCGACCUCGGGGCUCCAGCGAGUCGGCGGAGCUCCGAGGGACUGGAAGAGGUGCGCAUGGUGCGCGCCGACCCGGCGCCCUGGGGCUUCCGGCUGAUGGGCGGCCGCGACUACAGCCACCAGCUCACCGUCACCAGGGUGCUGGGAUGCAGCAUCGCCGAGCACGCGGGCCUCAAGGUGGGCGACGUGCUCCUCAGCGUCAACGGCGCGUCCGUCCGCAGCGCCACGCACAUGGAGGCGCAGGAGGCUCUGCGGGCCGCGGGGGACUCGCUCUCGCUCGGCGUCCUCAGGGGCACGCUGGACAUGCCGCCGCCCUUGGAGGUGGACAAGGAGAUCCCGCUCAUCCAGCCUCCACUGGCGCACGAGCCGGGGCCGCUGCCGGAUGGCGUGGAGGCCUCCGAGGCCACGCCCGACGGGGAAGUCCCGGACACAGGCGCCGCUGACGGCGAGCAGGGCACCGCGGCGGAGCAGGCCGACGAACUGGAGGCCGCCGCCGAGGACACGCCAGCCGACGCACCACCGCAAGAAGAAAAUGCCGAAGAGGCCGAGGAGGACGUCGAGGACGAGGACGAGGGAGAGGAAGAGGAGGAAGAAGAGGAGGAGGAGGAAGACGAGGAGGAGAGGAAGGCCAGGCUCAACAAGAUGGACGGGCUUCGGACGCGCAUGUCCAAGUCCCCCGGCCCCGAGGACAUCAUCCGGAUGCAGGAGAAGGCCCUGGCGCGCAUGGAGCGAGCCCGUGCGCGGAAGGACCGGCCGCCCACCGUGUUCCUGCUGCCGCCCGACCGGCCCGUCAUCCGGCAGCCCCGCGCGCCGCGCGUCCGCCCGCCAGACCCGCCCUUCAAGAAGCUCGUCCAGGAGCGCAUCCGGCGCCGCAAGUGGGCGGAGGACCACCCCGGCGAGGAGUACCCAUUCGCGGAGGAGCUGGGCCGCACGCCGACGCCCGACUCGGAGCUCACGACGCGCGCCACCAUGACGCCCACGCCCACCUUCUCGGACGUGAUCAGCGUGGAGCUGCUCGACGACGCGAGCGAGUUCCUGGACGGCGACGCGGUCCUGGAGACCGACGCCGCCGACGAGGACGGCGCCAGCGUCGGCGGCCGCAGCUCGGCGCUGCGAGAGGACGGCACGGCGUCGCGGGCGUCGCGGGCGUCACGCAACACCCAGGAUGACGUUAAGGACGACCUGCAGGAGGAGGAGGAGCCGGAGGUGCUGACGUCACUGUCCGUGCAAGAAACGGAGCGGCGCGUCGAGGAAGUGACGGCCCAGCUGGACGCACUGCACAACCUGCCGCGCGCGCUGCGGCCCAGCGUGGAGCACAUCAAGGAGGAGCUGCAGCAGGUCGUCGCCUCGCUGCUGCAACAGCUGGAGGACCUCCGUCGCCAGGAGGAGGAGGCGCGGCAGGCCGAGGCGGCGCGCGUGGCGGCGGAGCAGGAGGCGGCGGCGCGUGCGGAGCGGGAGCGGCUGGAGGCGGAGCGCGCCGAGAGGGAGCGCCUGGAACGCCUGCAGGAGGCGCGGCGCCUAGAGGAGGCCAGGGCCGCCAGGCCCGCCUUCAAGACCGACGUCCCCGACUUCAUCCACGAGAUGACUGAGAAGCUGAGCCUGGAGAGGCCCAGCUUCCCGCUCACCCCGCUACCGCGCCCCAUCGUGCUGCCCGGCGGCCGCAAGUGGCGGACCGUGGCGGACGCCUUCAACGAGGACUUCAUCGCCGAGACGCUCACCUCCCAGGCCGAGGUGCUGCUCGGCAAGGCCCUGGGCAACCGGCGGCUUAGCAACACAUUCCCGGCGCUAAUCCACGAGCGGGCCGAGAUCAAUGAGAGUUGUUACGGAUGCGGCAGGAUCAACUUCCUCAAGUACAGCCACAAGCACGACAACCUCAAGAACUCGGCGGUCUACCGGAUGGUGCACGGCCUGGACGACAAGCCCGCCCUCCCCAUCGCGGACCGCCCGGAGAAGAUGCAGGCCGUCAACGACUACUACGAGGCCGCCGCCAGGCAGUCAGCGGCCCCUUCGCCCGUCAGCGAGCUGGGCCGAGUCACCGCCGCGGUCAAGCCCGGCAACACACUGUCGCCGUGACGGCCGUGACCCAGUACCACCACUACCAGUGCCCAGGCCGGGACAUCGGCUCCGAAACACUCCUCACACGCGGCGUUCAUUGCCUCCACAAACCGCGCAGCCCAAGAGUGAAAGGGAAGGGAAAGAAGAGCUCUGAAACUAAAAUUUCUUUCAUAAAUAUUUCAACUACUAAUUUUUUGCCAAUAUUUUUUGUAGCAAGAAAUUUGGUGGUACACAGAUUGCAUCGAUCUGUUUCAUGAACUUCAAAAGUUAUUUUCCCUGAGCUACUUGAUAUUUUCACAGAUUUUUCAAAUGUUUAUGUAUGAGGCUUAUAAUUCAUUAAUCAAUUUUUUCACCAUUAAAAUGCAAUAAAGUUAUUGUUCCAGGAACCACA